CACAACUCAUGCCCGCAUGAUCAUCUUCACUUCACCCAACUGGUAAAUCACUAGUAAUAUAUUUCUCUUUUGUGGAAAACUCCACUUGCCACUUGUCAUUGACGAACAUUGAAAACUUUUUCUUAUUUCUUUUUUCUGGGGUAAAAUUUUUUCCAUCAAAUAUAGAGUGUAUACUACAAUGGAGCUGCCAUGGAUUUCGUAUGUACGGCCCAAAGUCAGUAAGGCCUGGCUUGACCCGGAAUAUCUGAGUCAAUAAGGCCCAAAGUCAACAAUACUUCAAUCCCCUCCAAAAAUCUGACAAAAACUCCAAAAGCGGUUUAAGAAACAAAAAUUCAAACCGUACACUGCACUUCGCUUGUAAAUCUACUUGCUAGGGUUCUUAUUUCCAAGAUGGCAAAAUCAAUGAAACUGGCGGGCCUUAAAUCCGUCGAAAAUGCCCACGACGAGUCCGUUUGGGCUGCCACGUGGGUUCCCGCCACCGACACCCGCCCGGCCCUUCUGUUAACUGGGUCCCUAGACGAAACCGUCAAACUGUGGAGGCCCGACGAGCUGGAGCUCGUCCGCACCAACACCGGCCACUGUCUCGGCGUCGUUUCGGUGGCCGCCCAUCCUUCCGGCGUGAUCGCUGCCUCCGCCUCCCUUGACAGCUUGGUUCGCGUGUUUGACGUCGACACCAACGCCACCAUCGCCACUCUCGAAGCUCCUCCCUCUGAGGUCUGGCAAAUGCAAUUCGAUCCCAAGGGUACAACACUUGCAGUUGCUGGUGGGGGUAGUGCAUCAAUCAAGCUGUGGGACACUGCAACGUGGAGGUUGAUUUCAACUUUAUCAAUUCCUCGUCCUGAAGGACCGAAGCCCUCUGAUAAAAGCAGCAGCAAGAAGUUUGUCCUAUCUGUUGCAUGGAGUCCUGAUGGAAGACGUCUUGCUUGUGGCUCAAUGGAUGGCACGAUUUCUGUUUUUGAUGUAGCUCGUGCCAAAUUUCUACAUCACCUUGAAGGCCAUUACAUGCCCGUUAGGUCUCUAGUGUUUUCUCCAGAGCCUGAUUCACGGAAGCUAUACUCGGCAUCUGAUGAUGGUCAUGUGCAUAUCUAUGAUGCUGAGGGGAAAGCUCUAAUUGGGGCCAUGUCAGGUCAUGCUAGCUGGGUGUUGAGUGUGGAUGUAAGCCCUGAUGGAGAGGCUAUUGCAACAGGCUCAAGUGACAAAACUGUAAGACUAUGGGAUUUUAAGAUGAGAGCAGCUAUACAGACAAUGAGCAAUCACACAGACCAGGUUUGGGCAGUGGCAUUUCGACCUGGUGGAGGUCGCCUUGCUAGUGUGUCAGAUGACAAGAGUAUAUCACUAUAUCAUUGUUCCUGAUUGUUCAUGGCUUGUUGAGAUUUAAAACACUAAGGAUUUGGUUUCAUUACAGGAUGUUGCUACAUGUUUAGCUAUCACUGAUCCAAUGAAUAUGAAACUCGUCAUUAGACUUUGUUCUGUUUUUUUUUUCUUGUUUUUAUAAAUGAUCAGAUAAAAUUCUAGCACAA